UUUAUAAAAGCCAAGUCCUGCCACUUUGGGAAGAAAUUGCGGGCAGCGAGACGACGGGGUUCGGGUUCGAAACGGGAGCCCAACGAGCCAAUGAGAGGCCCCACGAUUCUGCUCGAGUACAGUAUCGUGGGACGCAGGCUGCAAAAUUACAGUCCAGACUGUGUCCUGUGAGCAUGUGUAUGACAGCAGAGAAGAUAUGUAGAGCAAAAGGCUGAGGCUCUGGGCUCCAAAAUCCUCACUGCACCUGACAAUUAGCUUACAGUCUGCUCUGAGAAGAUGACUUCUGCCUCACCGCCCAGCUCUCGCAGUUCCUCUCCCCAUAAAGUUUGCCACUCCCAGACGCAAACCGACGUUCUCAAGCCACUGUUGGGCGGUAGUUCGUCCGCUGGCAGCGGGACCCUGAGGAAGAGGAGGCGCAUCCUGACCAAGGAUGGCCGUAGCAACAUGCGCAUUGAACACGUCAGUGGGAGGAACGCCCUUUACAUGCGUGACCUCUGGACAACUUUUCUUGAAAUGCCGUGGCGCUACAAGUUCUUCCUUUUCACAGCAACGUUUGCGGGAACUUGGUUUGUCUUUGGGGUUGUGUGGUACCUGCUGGCUUUGGUGCACGGAGACCUGCUGGAGUUCGACCCGCCGUCCAACCACACCCCCUGCGUGAUGCAGGUGCAGACCCUUACAGCCGCCUUCCUCUUCUCUCUGGAGUCCCAGACAACCAUCGGCUACGGCUUCCGAUGCAUCACCGAGGAAUGUCCGGCUGCAAUCAUCCUCCUCAUCCUCCAGCUGGUCAUCACCAUGCUCAUGGAGAUCUUCAUCACCGGCACUUUUCUGGCCAAGAUUGCACGGCCAAAGAAACGAAGCGGGACGGUGAAGUUCAGCCAACAUGCCGUUGUGUCGACUCAUGAAGGCCAGCCCUGCCUGAUGAUCCGGGUGGCCAACAUGCGCAAGAGUCUCCUCCUGGGAUGCCAGGUGACAGGGAAACUCCUGCAGACGUCCCUGACUAAGGAAGGCGAAACAGUCCGUAUGGAUCAGAGAAACGUGCCGUUUCAGGUGGACACUUCCAGCGACAGUCCCUUCCUCAUCCUUCCCCUCACCUUCUACCACAUUAUCAAUGACAGCAGCCCCUUGAGAGCCUGGGCUGCCAAGGGUGGUGGCUGGACAGAUCCAGAGAUGGCUGACUUUGAACUGCUGGUGAUCUUGAGCGCCACAAUAGAGCCGACCUCAGCCACCUGCCAGGUCCGCACGUCCUACCUGCCAGACGAGAUCCUCUGGGGCUACGAGUUCCCCCCCGUAGUUUCUCUCUCUAAGUCGGGCAAAUACGUAGCGGACUUUUCCUUCUUUGACAAAGUGGCAAAGACGAUGACGACCCCCAUCUUCAAACCGUCCAGUUCACAACAUGAAUACCAGAGCAAUGGAGGCGGACUUGUGUCUGAAGGGACAGACCCGGAGAAGAUUCGCCUGGAGCAGAGCUACAGGGAGCAGCGAGGCGAGGACCGAGGCCGGGUCAGAGAUGGCCCUUUAAGUGUUCGCAUCAGCAACGUCUGAACAGCCACACUGGCUGGAACUGGACUAUAUCGUAGCAAAACAACUGGAGUCUGUGAAGCCUGUAGCAGAAAUGUAAUGAUAAAGACUGUUUUGAAUGAUAAUGAAUUACGAUAAAAAAAAAAAACAAGUAUGGUACUGAAUUUGAGGAACAAAUGUUUGCUAGAGCUGCUGUCAGACUGAUUCGCAUCUUGUCACUAAUGAUGGAAUAUUUAAAAAACAACAACACAUUUACAAAUAGUCUAAUGGGAGAAGAAAUUAUGUUAAUUUCGUUAUGCCACAGGUCCUGUGUAUUUCAUGCCAAAUUGGACUGAAGGACGUAAAAUCUACUGACUUCUGGUUGCGCAAAGAAAGAGGAACAUACUUUUUUGCCAUACAGUCACCAUUGUUUUUUGUUUCCUUUUCCAUAUGGUCUGACCAUCAUGAGGUCAAAUGCUCCACAUCAUGUCUGUGGGUACCCCCAAAGUAAUAGAAUUACUGUUAGCUGACCUAAUCA